UCCAAUUUUAUCGUAAAUAAUUGCUCCAAUUUGUUUUUGGAAACGAUUGCUUCAUUUUGUUUUCCUUUCUUUUUCCCGCGUCCAAUGUUCCAUUCAAGAGCCAAAUCUAUCAACCUUCUCCGCCAUUGCGGCAGCAAUCCCCUGCAAUCCCAUCACCAACCAUAUCAGACUUUCCGCUCCAACAAACCCAAGACCACCAUCCCUCGCCGCCGCCAACGACUUCACAGAAGCACCGCAAAGCUCCGCAGGCCGAUACCUUUCGUCUCCGAUGUCAAAGAAACGCAAGACCCAGAAGAGGCCUUGUCUCUCUUCCACGAGUACCACCAAAUGGGCUUCAAACACGACUACCCUUCUUACUCUGCUCUUCUCUACAAGCUCGCUCGCCGCCGGAAUUUCGAAGCUGUCGACGCCGUUCUCGGCCUUGUCCGAGAUCGAAACAUUCACUGCAAAGAUACCCUUUUCAUUGCUCUGAUUCAACAUUACGGGAAAGCCGAUUUGGUAGAGAAGGCCGUCGAUCUUUUUCAUCAAAUGCCUUCUUUUAACUGUGUCCGUACGUUGCAGUGCUUCAAUGAGCUCCUUAAUGUGCUUGUUGAUGGCGGUAGGUUUUCAGAUGCGGAUGAGAUAUUUGGGAGGUGUUCUACAUUGGGUUUUCGUCCGAAUUCGAUUUCGUAUAAUAUAAUGAUCAAGGGGUGGCUUCAGAAGGGCGACUGGGAAGAAGCAUGGAAGGUGUUUGAUGAAAUGCUUGAGAAAAAGGUGCAACCUAGUGUUGUGACGUAUAAUAGUCUUAUAGGUUUUUUCGGUAGAAGGGGUGAGUUGGAGAAAGCUACUGGUUUGUUUGAGGACAUGAGACAGAAAGGGAAAUACCCAAAUGCGGUGACAUAUGCAUUAUUGAUGGAAGGUUUGUGCUUGGCGGGGAAGCAUGAUGAAGCAAAGAAGAUAAUGUUUGAUAUGGAGUAUCGAGGUUGUAAACCACGUCUUGUGAAUUAUGGUGUAUUGAUGAGUGAUCUUGGAAAGAGAGGGAAGAUUGAGGAGGCAAAGUCUUUCCUUCAGGAGAUGAAGAAGAGGCGGUUUAAGCCGAAUGUUGUGAUUUAUAACAUAUUGAUUAACUUUCUGUGCAAGGAAGGCAGGGCUGCAGAGGCUUACAAAGUCUUGGUUGAAAUGCAAGUUGGAGGCUGUGAGCCGAAUGCAGCUACUUUCAGGAUGAUGGUUGAUGGGUUUUGUCAGAUAGAAGAUUUUGAGGGAGGUUUUAAGGUUUUGACUGCAAUGUUGGCAAGUAGACAUUGUCCUCGUUUAGAAACAUUUGAAUGUUUAGUUACGGGCUUAUUAAAGUGCGGGAAGAUCAAUGAUGCUUGUUUUGUCUUGGAGGAGAUGGAAAAGAGAAACAUGCAAUUUCAUUUGGAAGCUUGGGAAGCUCUAGUUGUGGAUGCUUGUGGAGAGGAUAUUGUUGCAUGUGACGUUGUGACUGAACUAGGCUCUGCCCAUUAAUGGUCGUCCGGGAAGAGAUAAUCAGCACAAGUGGAACGUAACGUCGCUUGGCCUUCGGCAGAGAGUAAGAGGAAUGGUGUUCUUUGGGUGAUGGGGAGCUUCUGACAAGAUUUUUUCUGUGCUCUUAGGUACUUGAAGCUCUAGUCUCUGGUAAUUGUGGUGAGAAAACAGUUAUUAGGUUGGCAUGUAAAGCAACUAAGCAAUGUGCAUUGUGCACCCGUAAGGCUUCAGGAAGAAGAGGAGUUUAUGAAUCGAAACAUUUCACCAGUAUCAUGUAUUAUUGUUGCCAACUCAAUGUCUGAGGAAGCUCACUAUGCUUGUGGUUCGAGGUUUAGUUGGCAUGUAAACUCAGCCUAUAUAUGACCACUGUAGACUUCAGGGAAGCGAAUCCUACUCGAGGGAAGAGACGGAAGUUUUGCGCCGGAGUCAAAUUGUCGAUGUGAUUGCGAAGUCAAGUUUCUGGGGGAAGCUCUGAUUGAUGAUGCUUGUUGUGCAAACGCAGCUUUUUGUCAUUUUUUUUCAAUUUAGUUGUUGAUACCAACUCCUUUGUUUCAUUUUUGAUGGGAAAUAUAAUGGCUUCCAUGGAUCUUACUUCUAUUUCCAUAUUUUGAGUUUAUAUACAAUAAAAAGUUACCAUA